AGGCUUGAUCAAGCAUCAUCAUGUGUCCGUUGGAUGCUGUGUCGUACUCCAAAGAUAUAUUUCCUCUUAGUAGUCGUCUUUAUGGCAACAACAUCCAACAGCGCGACAAAAGGACACUCUACUCUUCCUCGUCUGUCAAAAAAAUAGAUCAGCUCUUCAUUUCUACUUAUGGUAUCUGUCUCAGCCAAUAGAUACAAUCAUGACGAAAUAACCCACUUUCAGGAAAAACAAAAAAAAAAAAAAAAAGUAGGAUAUAUUUUUAUGCUCUGGCUCGUCUCGUUUAACCCGACGACCCUUAUCUCAAGUGACAUGUCAAAGGCCAAGUGUCUACUCUUGCUGGGGGGAAAGUCGGGAACUUACAAGAUCAUGAAUGAAGUUGACUGUUCAUUUUUGAUAAAGCAGGAACAAAAUAAAUUUUUUUUUUUUUCAUCUCGAGAAAAAAAAAUUUUUUUUUUUAGCCCGCCACUAGCUAUAAAAAACGCUUCCUACAAGAAAAAUGCUAGUGCUUUCUUUUUUCCUUACCACUUUUUACUUUAUUUUUUUAUUCUUACUAUCCACAUGAACUAGAUUUUCGAUUCUACUCCUGGUCUUUCCUCGUGUAUCUUUCGAAAUAUCUAGUCCAUUUUUUGUUUUUUUAAAAUAAAAUAUCUGUUUUGCACUCAACAUAUGGUCCUACUAUCGUCUUUCU